GGCGGGGCGGGGCGGGGCGGCUGGGGUUGGAGCGUUAUUGUUUCCACGGCUGUCGCGGGCGCGCGUCGUGUCCGCCGCGCAGCGCCCAGUAAAGCUGGACCUUGUGAAAGCAGUGUGGACACCAAGGCAAGGGGAGGCCACUAGAUCCUGGAGCCAUGGAGCUUCCCAGUUACAGCAAGCAGUUGCUGCAGCAGCUGUACACACUCUGCAAGGAGCAGCAGUUCUGCGAUUGCACCAUCUUCAUUGGGACUGUUCAUUUUAGAGCACACAAAGUUGUUUUGGCUGCUGCCAGUGUGCUUUUUAAAUCCUUGUUGGAUAGCACAGAUACCAUCUCCAUUGAUGCUUCUGUGGUGACACCGGAGGAGUUUGUGCUGUUGCUGGAGAUGAUGUACACUGGCAAACUCCCGAUGGGGAAACACAACUUCACCAAAGUCAUCUCUGUGUCGGACAGUCUGCAGAUGUUUGAUGUGGCUGUUAGUUGCAAAAACCUCCUUAGAGACCUCCUCAGCUCCUCAACUCAGGAUCAGAUAGUGAGAGAGGUCUCCAGCCAGCCAGCAGAGUCAUCUGGAAACAGUGCUGAAGCUGAUUACCUGCCCCAGUCUGAAAAACCUCCUGCUGAAGAAAAAACAGAUACCCAGCACCCUCAGAGAGUGUCCCCUUCUCCUGGCCCUGUAGAAGCAGAAAUGGAAGGAGGUGUUUCUCUUCCUGACCAAGAGCUUACUGCGAAUCACACCUGGGUUCCACAGGACACAGUGCUGAGCAGCUCUGGAUCCCUCAGGGCAGAUUCAGGCUCUCAUCCUGACCAGCCUGCCUGCACAGAGCAGUGUGGCUGUGCAGAAGAGGAGCCUGCUGAGCCUCUGGAGAAGAAAGGAAGAAUGAGUGAUUUAGCAGCAGAGAGCAAAAGCUGUGAACUGGAUUUCUUUCUUCGAUACGAAAGUGUUUUCUCUGAGGCCCUUUCUGAUGCCCAUGCUGUUCUGAGAAGACUAGAAGAGUGCAGAGAAAUUGAUGCCUCUCAAAGGCAGGCUCUGGUUACCUGUCUGGCAGAGGCAGGGGAACAGUCGUUGUUCACAAAGCUGUUGGGCGAAGUGAAGGAUGCUGAGACCCUGGAUGCACAGACCCUUGUGUCCUUACUGAAGCUGUUUCAAGAUGUGAAUCCCAAGCUGAGAGCAGCCUUGCUGGAGAAGGAACAGGACAGUGGAGAAGCCCUGCAGCAAACAGAGAGCGCGAAAGAGGGAAAGAUGCUGACUGCUCGUUUGCUGGGAUGCAGGGAGGAGCUGAUCCAGAGCAUGACACAGCUGAGCCCUAUCAUAGAGUUCCUGGAGGCAGCAGAAGAGGGAUUCCUGACCACUUCAGAGAAGCGGGCAGUUUUGGACUGUUGUGAAGGUAGCUCUCAGAGGGAAGCCAUCCACAAUCUGCUCAAGAAGGUGGAAGAAGAGAAAACCCUGAAAGCUGAAAGUUUGGUCAAACUUCUGGGGGCUGUGAAGGCAUCAUUCCCUGGUCUCCACCUUCUGCUAGACAACUUGGUGGUAGCUUCAAAUGUCUCUGACAAAGUCAAAUGGAGCCCAGAGGAUUAUGGAGCCAAACUGUUGAGACGGUACCAAGAAAGCUUGGUGGAGCUCCUUGCAGACCCUCAGACAUUGCUGCAGGGGAUCUCUGCUGCACAGAGCCUAGCUCCUGCUGAGAGAGAGGUGAUGGAACUAAUUGUGAAGCGUGAGACUGGCUCAGGUGGUUUUGUCUCGCUUGUGUCCGCGGCACUUGAGGAGCAGUCUCUGUUGGUGUCUGCAGUUUGGCAGCUGCUGCUGGCUGUGUGAGUGGCCAAGUUCCUGCUGAACAUCCUCAUGGAGGAGAUCCAGAAAGAACCAGGCGCGGAAUUUUUCUUCUAGUCAGUGGCCACCAGUGAAAGCACAGCCAUUGAGAUCAUCCUGCGGCACAGCAAGUUGAUCUCGGAGGCCAUUAGGCAGAGAGCGGACUUGGAGGGCUUGGCACCAGGGGAAGCAGGACUCACAGAAGCAGUGAAAGAGCUACUGAGUAUUUCUGCUCAGAAGGAAAGUUGAGAGGCCUCCUUGAAAGCAGCUCUGAGUACAGCACAGGAGAAGUCUGUCCUGGCCAUCAAGAUCUGUCAGCUGCUGUGCAAUGUCCAUGAGUCUUUCCCAGACCUGCAGCCAGUGAUGCAGGAGCUAGGGCAUGUGGGGCUCUUGACAGAAGGAAGUGGAGGGGAACCUGGGAUCAGGAAGUGGAAGGUGAACAGUGAGUCCCAAGUUGAAGCUCUGGACAAAGAAGAGGACAGGGCAGGAGGUGCUGGGACCAAGGAACCAAAGGAACCACGAGAGAAAGCUUCUUCCAAGAAGAGUUUUAUCUGCAAAGCUUGUGACAAGAGCUUCCACUUCUACUGCCGCCUAAAGGUGCACAUGAAACGUUGUCGGGUGGCCAGAGGAAAGCAAAUCCAGUGUAAGGAGUGCACUGAAGUCAAAUCCACAAAGAAGGAGCUGGAGAAACAUCAGCUGGAGGUCCAUGGAGCAGUGGGGGUAGCCAAGAAGAAGACGAGGCGGCUCCCUGUGGCAUGUGACAUCUGUGGCCGAGAGUUUGCUCAUGCCUCAGGGAUGCAGUACCACAAGCUGACGGAGCAUUUUGACGAGAAGCCCUUCUCCUGUGAGGAGUGCGGGGCCACGUUUGCGGCCAACUCCACGCUGAAGAACCACCUGCGGCUGCACACAGGGGACCGGCCCUUCAUGUGCAAGCACUGCCUGAUGACCUUUAUGCAGGCCUCGGCCCUAGCCUACCAUAACAAGAAGAAGCACUCUGAGGGAAAGAUGUACGCGUGCCAGUACUGUGACGCUGUGUUCGCCCAGUCCAUCGAGCUCUCACGCCACGUCCGGACCCACACGGGGGACAAGCCGUAUGUCUGCUGGGAGUGUGGGAAAGGCUUUCGCCAAGCCAAUGGGCUCUCCAUCCACCUCCGGACCUUUCACAACAUAGAAGAUCCCUAUGACUGCAAAAAGUGCCGGAUGAGCUUUGCUACCCUGCAGGAGCACCGCAAACAUGUCCACAAAGUCCACUCCCAGGAGUACCAUCCUUGCCCCACCUGUGCUAAAGUGUUCAGUGCCCCAUCCCUUCUGGAGCGCCACAUGGUGACCCAUGUCGGAGGAAAGCCCUUUAGCUGUGAGAUCUGUAAUAAAGCCUACCAGCAGUUGUCAGGUUUAUGGUAUCACAACCGGACCCACCACCCUGAUGUCUUUGCAGCUCAGAAUCACCGAUCCUCUAAGUUCUCCUCACUGCAGCUCAGCUCCUGUGACAAAACCUUCGCCAGCACUGCUGCUCACGGAAAGCACGUCAAAGCAGAGCACACUGAUGUGAAGCUCCAUGAGUGUGAGAUAUGCAAGGAACUCUUCCCUACGCUGGCUCUCCUGCAGGUCCACGUGAAGUGCAGGCACUCAGGGGCCCUGCAGCACCGUGUCACCAGUGAGCACUUCAAGCAGACAGAGAGCACCUUUGCCUGUGGACUCUGUGGGGAGCUCUUCACCUCCCAGGGCGAGCUGGAGGGGCACUACAGCGUUGAGCAUCCCAAGGUGGUCUUCACAGAGGCCCAAGUCACCACAGCCCAGAUUGUGCAGGUGAUUCAGACGUCAGAGGAAGGAGCAGCAGAACACAUCAUCUCUUUUGAUGAAGCCCAGGUUGCUGGCUCUCAAGUCUUUGUGACAUUGCCCGAAUCCCAAGUGAGCCAAGCUGGCUUGGAGCUGGUGCCAGUGACUAUGGAGGACUUGUUUGAUGACAAAGUCACUCUGAUUUGUGAAGAAACCAAAGGAGAGUGAGCAGUGGGUGCCCAUGUGUGGCACCUGGUAUACACUGGACUAGUUCAGGAGCCAUACCUAGUAAUGGUGCUCUAGCUGGGAAAUUCAUGGUUUCUGUGGAAAAGCAAGUCUGGAUGGCAUGUAGCAAGCACAGCGUGGCCAAGGACAGGAGAGGUUUGUAGACUUUCGUAAGGACCUAGGAAGUCUCACUGUCCCUGCAGUCAGCAGCUGCCGGC